AUGUUGUUUCUUUCCAAGAACGUAAAAUGUGUUCGAUUAGUGCAUCAGAGUGUGGCUGCAAUCGUGUUCGGAGAUGGAUCGUCACCUCAUUCGAGACUCUAUCCGCUCACAAAGAGGCGAUCGGAAGCCGCCAUCCCUAUAGCCGGAAACUUCCGGCUGAUCGAUUCCGUUAUCAGCAACUGCAUCAACAGCGGUAUUACCAAAAUUUACGCCAUCACGCAAUUCAAUUCGACUUCUCUUAACUCCCACAUCUCGAGGGCUUACUCGGCCACCUCUCGCCUCUCGAACGAUGCCUUUGUUGAGGUCAUCGCCGCUUACCAGAGCCCGGAAGGCAACGACUGGUUUCAGGGAACUGCAGAUGCUAUAAGGAGGUGCCUAUGGAUGCUUGAAGAGUAUGCAGUAGACGAAUUUUUGGUUCUUCCGGGCCACCAUCUUUAUGAAAUGGACUAUAACGGGCUUUUGGACGAGCAUAGGAGAAGCAAGGCUGAUAUAACCGUAUCGGUUUUUAGCAGAAGGAAGGAUGAGGAUUUCGGUUUCGGCAUUUUCGAACUAAAUGCGGAGAAUCGAGUUGUUGGGUUCAGAGAGAAUUCUGAAGCAUCCACACCAAUAUCAGUGGGGAAGAAUUCGAUAAAUUUUGAUCAGGUCUCGACGAACAAUUUUCCGAGCAUGGGAAUAUAUGUAAUUAACAGAGAUGUAAUGGUAAAGCUCCUGAAGGAAUAUUUUCCGACAGCGAAUGAAUUGAAAAGUCAAGUAAUCUCGGGCGCAAUUUCUCUUGGAAUGAAGGUUCAUGGCUAUGGCUUCAAUGGAUAUUGGGAGGAUAUGAGAAGCAUAGAAGCUUACUACCAUGCAAACAUGGAUACCCUUCAAAGGACAAAUAAAGCUUUCAGCUUGUAUGACAGAGAUUCUCCUCUGUACACAUUGCCACGUCAUCUGCCUCCAACUCUAGUGGCCGAUGCUGUCAUCACGAACUCUUUCAUUGGAGAUGGCUGCAUUCUCGGUAAAUGUAGGAUAAAGGGCACAGUAGUUGGUAUGAGGACUAGAGUUGAAGACCAUGCAGUUAUUGAGGACUCAGUCAUUAUGGGAUCUGAUACUUAUAAUCAUAAUGGCAGUGGUAUGAGUGAAGGGGAAAGCAAUGGCAUUCCCAUCGGGAUUGGAGAAGGUUCGUACGUAAGGAAAGCUAUAGUCGAUAAGAAUGCGAGGAUUGGCAAGAAUGUUAAGAUUAUAAACAGGGACAGUGUGCUGGAGGGUAACAUGGAAGAAUAUGGGUAUAUCAUCUCAGGAGGAAUAAUUGUGAUUAUAAGGAGUGCUGUGAUUCCUCAUGGAAGCAUACUCUGA